AUGCGAAGUAACAAAUCAAAGAGUAAGCAACAACAUUCAUCUGAAACGGCUUCACAUACAUCAUUAAAAGUUGGUGAUACAAGUGAUGUUCGUUCGGCUUCAAAUACUAGUGGUACACAUACAAAAUCAGGAACUAUAUCGAAAUCAACAGCACAUAGCCAAAGCCGACCAAUUGGUGGUGCUUCAAGCAUUCGUUCUACUGCUGCUUCAAAAUCACAUAAGAAAACGAAUAGAACUCCAAAGGCAGAAUCAGGCACCAAGAAAAAGACAGUAGCUUCAUCUGUUCGUUCAGCAUCCAAAUCUUCACCAAUGAGUACCAAGACUGAUAGUAAAACCAAAUCAAGUACAAAAUCAGCAAAAACAACAGGAAAACAUCAAACACAACAAUCAAAACAUCCACGUAUACCAAUAAAAGAUCGUACUGAAACAUGUGCUGUACAAUUUGUACCAAAAUUUAAUUCAAGUUCAACAAAAAAUCAAGUACCAAUCUAUCAUCUUAUUCGUCAUGCAUUCGGUAAUAUGGUACGUGAAGCUAUAUGUCAAUUAGAUAAAGAGAAAUCAGGUGUUAGUUCUCAACAAAUUAUUGAUCAUAUACUUAAACAUUACUCAUUUCCAAAUAAUAUAUCUCAAAGUGCUAUACGUAAUCGUACAAUAUUUACAAUAAAUGCUGGUUUGCGUGCUGGUACCCUUCUUACAGUUAGUCCAAAUAAAGGUGUUCGAAUUGGUCGUAUGCGUCGUAUUUAUCCACGUAUGCUUUGCUAA